AUGUUCCAGUUCGACUCCAGUCCAGCGCUCAUAGUGGUCGAUAUGCAGAACGGCUUCUGCCACAAGGAUGGCAGCUUCGCAAGGCUAGGAAUACCGACUGACCCAAGAACGAUUGUUCCUCGUAUCAAUGAGCUACUCUCAGAGUUUCGCGCUACUGGACUCCCUGUCUACUUCCUGAAGACAGGGUACAAGGCCGAUUACUCGGAUAGACGCGGUCGCGAUAGACAUGACCGACUCGAACAAUUCCAAGGUCUCUUACGGGGGUCUUGGGAUGCCGAUAUUCUAGAGGAACUCACGCCUGAGGCUGCCGACAAUGUCAUCAACAAGACAAGAAAUUCUUGCUUUUUUCGCACGUCGCUGGAGACCACACUGAGAGAGCGGGGAGUUGACCAUGUGGUUUUGACUGGGGUGGGAACCGAUGUAUGUGUAGAGACGACGGCAAGAGAUGCCUAUCAAUUGGACUUCGCCGUCACUACCAUAAGUGAUGCUACCUGGGCAUGCAAUGAGUCGGACCAUCUAGCCGCUCUGCACGCCCUGCGAAAUUUUGGUGGCACAGCGUCGACAUCGGACGUGAUCGAAGCCUUGGAGAAGUUACGAAACUCAGACCAUGUGUGA